ACUUCUAACAAAUCCAAUUUAUUAAAUGACUAAAAACUCCAAAUCACAAUCCUUCUUAAAUCCUUCUUCAGCAUCGAAUUUCAGUAGCUGAGCUUUGAACAAUGUCACCGAUGGUCUCCUUCCUUGGACGAAGGCUCCGUCACAGAUCGUUAGUGAUUCAGAAACGGUUACUUUCAGACUCGCCUGCAAUUGAGAAAACGACGACGCAGCGCAUAGAGAAGAUUCUAGUUGCGAACAGAGGCGAGAUAGCUUGCAGAAUCAUGAGGACGGCGAGACGCUUGGGAAUUCGAACCGUAGCCGUCUAUAGCGACGCGGAUAGGGACUCACUGCACGUGAAAUCAGCUGAUGAGGCAGUCCAUAUUGGUCCGCCCCUGGCUCGGUUGAGUUACCUGAACGGUUCGGCCAUCGUGGAAGCUGCUAUUCGCACUGGCGCGCAGGCUAUCCACCCAGGUUAUGGUUUCCUAUCAGAAAGUGCCAAUUUUGCACAACUUUGCAAUGACAAGGGCCUCAACUUUAUUGGCCCUCCAGCUUCUGCCAUCAGGGACAUGGGUGACAAAAGUGCAUCAAAGAGAAUUAUGGGUGCUGCUGGGGUGCCGCUUGUGCCUGGAUAUCAUGGCAGUGAACAGGAUGUUGAUCUGAUGAAGUUAGAAGCAGAUAAGAUUGGAUACCCUAUUUUAAUAAAGCCGACCCAUGGAGGUGGAGGAAAGGGUAUGAGGACAGUGCAAAGCCACGAUGAAUUUGUUGACUCUUUUUUGGGAGCCCAACGUGAGGCAGCUGCUUCAUUUGGCAUCAAUACAAUUUUGCUGGAAAAAUACAUUACACAGCCACGACACAUAGAAGUCCAGAUAUUUGGGGACAAGAAUGGGAACAUUCUACAUUUGUACGAAAGAGAUUGCAGUGUGCAGAGAAGACACCAGAAGAUAAUCGAGGAGGCUCCAGCUCCAAAUGUCAAAGAUGAUUUUCGCUCACACUUGGGGCAGGCUGCUGUUUCUGCAGCCAAGGCAGUUGGUUAUUACAAUGCUGGCACUGUGGAGUUUAUAGUUGACACGGUCUCAGGCCAAUUUUAUUUUAUGGAGAUGAACACCCGACUUCAGGUUGAACAUCCUGUUACAGAGAUGAUUGUCAGUCAAGAUCUCGUGGAAUGGCAAAUCCGGGUUGCAAAUGGGGAACCGCUUCCCAUUAAUCAGUCACAGGUUCCUUUUCAUGGUCAUGCUUUUGAAGCCCGAAUAUAUGCUGAGAAUGUUCCAAAAGGAUUUCUCCCUGCUUCUGGGAUUCUUCAUCAUUAUUGUCCAGUUCCAGUUUCUUCAACAGUUCGUGUUGAGACUGGAGUUGAACAAGGUGACACCGUUAGUAUGCAUUACGAUCCUAUGAUUGCAAAGCUCGUAGUUUGGGGAGAAAACCGUGCUUCUGCAUUAGUCAAGUUGAAAGAUUGUUUGUCAAAUUUUCAGGUUGCUGGUGUGCCAACAAAUAUAACUUUUCUACAGAAACUUGCUAAUCAUCAGGCAUUUGAAGAUGGCGAUGUGGAAACUCAUUUUAUUGACCGUCAUCGAGAUGACCUCUUUGUUGAUUUAAAAAAUUCAGUUGUAGUCCAGGAAGCAUAUAACACUGCUACACUUAGUGCAUCAUUUGUCGCGGCAUGUCUUUGUGAGAUAGAACAUUAUGCUUUGAAGGAAAGUUGUCAUGUUGGCAGGGGAUUUCACUCCAUAUGGUACUCUCAUUCGCCUUUCAGAGUCCAUCAUCAUGCUAUGCGUACAAUAGAACUUGAGUGGGACAAUGAGUUUGAUAGUGCUGGCUCAAAACUUUUGCCAUUUUCCAUCACAUAUCAGCCAGAUGGGAGUUAUCUGGUUAAGAUGGCAGACAAUGCUUCCCUUGGUUUGGAAAUCAAAGUAACACAAUUAGGCAAUCAAGAUUUUAGAGUUGAAGUUGAUGGUGUGAGUACCAAUGUUAGUUUAGCGGUUUAUUCCAAGCAGGAUCAGAUUACGCACAUCCACACAUGGCAUGGUUCUCAUCAUCAUCAUUUCAAACAAAAAUUAGGGCUUGAUGUGUCGGAUGAUGAUGAAACCCAGCAUAAGACUAGUUUCGAGAUCUCAAGCCACCCUCCAGGGACUGUGGUGGCUCCAAUGGCUGGUUUGAUUGUUAAAGUUCUGGUGAAGGAUGGAGCGAAGGUUGAGGAAGGGCAGCCUAUAUUAAUUUUAGAAGCCAUGAAGAUGGAGCAUGUAGUAAAGGCUCCUUCUGCUGGCUCUGUCCAAGGGCUUCAAGUCACAGUUGGCCAACAGGUUUCAGAUGGCAGUGUUCUCUUCAGUAUGAAGGAUUCAAUGUGACAAAAUUUGACGCACAACUUAUGGGCUUAAACAGCUCAAGGAUGUCAACUCCGCUACAACUACAUCCCUCGGCUUUAACUACUGUGGUGAGAGAAUCCAUCCUGAAUAAAUGUCUUUAUGACUUAUUAUAAUCAUCCUCAAAAUUCAACUGUAAUAUCGAGAACUCUUGUAAACAAACUUCUUAUCGAUGUACAGGAAUAAAAGAACCCACCUCCCAUUUGGAAAUAAUAUGCUCCUUUGUCAUUA